CCUUCUGACGUUUCAGUAGGCCGCGCGAGCUUGUACGGUGAAUGUGUGUCUGAAAGUGAUCUUUUUUCCUCUUUCUUUUUUUUCCAUGUCAUCCGGUCUGUUUUUCUCUCGCGAUAUUCCUAUGCGUGAUACGAUUCGUGAGUGUGCGGUAUAUCAUGCCAAAUGAAUGUACAUAUAUAUGUACCGAUGUAUGUGUAGUAGGAGGUGAAUUUCGAUUGUAGUGCAGAAACGGUGACGAGUCAGAGGAUGAAGAAUAAAGACGCGUGAACUUUACGGUGGAUCGAGGGGUGCCCGGAAAGGAAAAAUGUUCCUCGUGAGAUUGACCUUCUUAAAGUGAACCGAGAUCGGUCCCCGGUGCUUCCGAAAGUGACGAUUGAAAUGUGAUGACUGGGGGGAGAGCGGGCGAUAGCGAAAGUUCGGGGAGAGGGUAAUAUGUACUUGCAAACACCGGAACAAUGUGCGACAAAGGGGGCUCCUAGGAAGGAAAAGUUGAAAACUACGAACCUCGCUCUGGAGACGGUCGCCUCCUCAAUGAUGAAGACAGAAGGCACUUCGUGAAAUCCGAGAGGGUAGGCGAUAUCGGGCAUGAUAAGGAUGAACUCGUGGCCGUGGGUAAGACGGAGAUGACCACUAGAUCCGUGCCUCGUCCUGAAGACGACGACGAGGAGGACGAGGAAGAAGAGGAAGAAGAAGAGGAGGAGGAAGAGGAGGAAGUCAACAAGGAGGCUCGUUCGAGUCUACGAUAUCACUGCCACUGAUAUCCACUCUCUCGUCGCAUCGAUGCCGACCUCUGCAUCCAUUGAUAGAGGUAUGGGGAGCGUCGUAGGCAGCAACGUGAACGUAAGCAACGUAACGACGAGGAGGAUGGACUCGACGACGUUCCUGCCAGAAGCGACGCCGACCCUCAGCGAGCGGGAGCAACUCAAAAUUGAAUUCUACAAAACAUACGACGUUAUGACCGGGGUCAGAAUCGCGGCGACUCUCGGUGGUUUUUUCGGUCUUAUGAUCCUUCUGCUUGUUUACAAAAGCAGGUGUAAAUCGAACAAGCAUUUAGAGGAUCCAAGACUGACCGCAGCAGCGGCCGCAGCGGUAGCUGAAGCAGAGGCGGAGGAGAGAGCACUCGCAGCCGCCCUCGAGGCCAUCGCUAGACUACCACCGAGACCAGAUCGAGGUCCUAGGCGGUCCCUUUGCGUCGAGUUGAGUCAAUCACACUCCCCAAGGAUCGGUCCGCGUUUCGCAUCAGUCGGGGGUGGCUACGAGGCUCUUUUAAUGGCGCCAACGAAGCAGCCGAACUUAGCACCUCCCGAGGAACAGAGAAGAUGCAGUUCGGUAACCUGUAGCAGCACCGGAAGUAGCUAUCUCGAGAGGAGAGGAUCUGCGAUGCCGGUGCCGUGUCUGCCGCUUCAUCCUACCUACGUGACGAAACACGCUGCCCACGACGAACCCUGGGACCUUUAUUAUCCCAUUGACAUUCAGGUAAUCCAACCAACCCCAGAGCUUUCUCCAUGCACAAGCGAGGCACGUCUUUAUGCAAACGAAUUUUUGCUCACUGGACCUGCUGGUAAAAGAGCGCCACUGGCUUCCAUGGGCAGUGUCGAUCCUCCGGAACCAGACUCAAGGUCGUUGGGUUCCGACUCAGUCUUCCUGAGAAACGAUGAACAAGAAGAAGAGUGUCUCGACACGGAGGACGAGGUGUCCGGGUUCUCGACCGACUCGGAAGCACCUGGGCCCAGUGGUCGACGGUUCCUUCGAGUUCCUUCGAGAAAGAAGGAGAUCGUCGAGAAGUGGGACGGCUGUGCUGGCUGCGUGCCUAGGCGACGACCUGGAGGAAAACAGUGCCAGGCUUGUCGUAGCAUCAGCGCGGCUGUUGAAUUUUCUAGGUCUCAGACAGUGUCCACGAGCACCAGCAGCCAAAGCAGCAUCGGUUCUCCGCCAUGUUCACCAGCCAUCGAGCUCAGGCAUAGACCGCCGCCGGCGCCAUUACCGUCGAAUCCACCCGCCUGGUCCCAGGAAACGUUAUUUUAGUUACACGAAAGCUCAGCGGGGAAGUUUUUCGUGGACGGGCCAGUAAUCGCACAAAAACAAAAAGAAGAAAAAAAACACACAAACAAAAAAGUAAAGCAAGUCAACCCUUUCGAAGGCAAGACGAGGGACAAUCGACAGAACUCACGAACGAGUGGUAAAUCUGUAAAUUUUACGAUGGUUCGUAGUUAUUAAUUGUACUUUAAAACGAAGAAGAAAAAAAAAUAGAAAAAGAAAGGGGGAGAAAAGGCUACGCAGAAAAAUAUGUAAGUAAAACUAUUAGAAGAGAUGAAAAUUUCAAGUCGGUGUCGUUGAUGUUAUUAUUCUAACGAGAAGAAAUUAAUCGUGGAAAGAUGAUAAGUGCAGGGGAUGAGAAAGGAAGCUGGAAUGGGGUGUAGAAAGCAAACUUUUGUUAAAACGAAUGCUUGUCUGGGAAUGAAAAAGGAUUCAUGAAGAAUAGAAGAAGGAAAUGCUAAAAGAAAAAUUCGAAGAUUGAAGCUGUUAACAAACGAACAAUAGAAUUAAUGUUUCAGAUUGAAGAAGAUAAAGUGGAUGUGGAAAGAGGGCCAUAAUUAGCUGUAGAAAAUGAUAGAAGAAAAUUAUUCGGGAAUCGAAAAACUAGAAGAAAUUGAGGCCACUUCUUAUUGGAACUACAAAAAGAAGAAAAGUAAAAUGUUCAACUGAGAAAGAGUUUACAGAAGAGGAUGGCAUCGAAGGGCAAUGCGUCUGAGCGGAAAGUGGGGCAAGAAGAUAACAGAAAUGCCAAACUGUUUGUAUAGUAACUUCUAAGGUAUAAAAGAGGCAGAGGAACUAAGAUCUAACAGACUAAAAGUAAUCGUUGAAACGAACUACUGUAAAAAAGAGGAAGAAAACGGUAGCGUUCGAUAGUUAUACUGUAAAUAAAAAAAGAAAAAAAGUGCAGAAUGAACAGAAAACUCGAAUUCCUUUUUUUUUCUUACUCGAAACAAAAAUGAGGUGAGGCAUACGUGUUACGUUUGUAUCGCGUUAGAAAAAGAAAAUGAUAAUGAUGGUGAUGAUGAUGGUGCUGCUGCUGCUGAUGAUGAUGAUGAUAACGAUGAAGAAGAUGAAGAUGAAAAUGAAGAUGAAGAUGAAGAUGAAGAUGAAGAUGAAGAUGAAGAUGAAGAUGAAGAUGAAGAUGAAGAUGAAGAUGAAGAUGAAGAUAAAGGAAAGAGAAAACCAAAAAAUGAAAUCAAAACUUCGUAAAAGACGUUGCUCUAGCUGUGCGUGUGUAAAGAAGCAUGAGAAAAAAAUAAGAAGAAAGAAACACUUCGACUUCACGUUAUCCAUGUCUUUUUUUUGUACUCUGAUGUAUCUGUGUAUGUACGUAUGAUAUGCGCAAUUAAAAAGUAAAAUUAGAUUAACCCAGUCGGAAAUUUCAAGACGAUACUUUCUGAGUGGACUGCGGAUAUUAUACAUUUAUACUGGAACAGAAGCAGGAAUAAGGAUGUAACCCCUUGUCUUGUAAUAACGUGUCGGGCUUGUGACUGAGAUUUUAAAUGGAAUUCAAGUUAAACAAUUAUUCUUCUGUUAUAUCAAUUAUGAUACUUUAGAGCAAACGUGAACAUCGAAUAUGUCUAGAAUUUUUCUCAUAUUCCAAUAAAUUUAUUAAUUGCAAAAUUUUGUUGGGGAUUUUGUUAAUUUGUUAAUAAAAUAUAAUGGUUAUUAACAUUAGAUUUACAGACAUUUAUUGCACAGUUUACUGUUUCCAAGAAAAUUAUUGUUCUUUCGUGUAGAUCUUGGAAAUUAGAAGUUCGAAAAUCGACGAUUAGGAAGUACGUAUAUUACUGCAAUCGCAUCGAUCAAACUAAACGUAAACAUUUACCAAAUAAUGUUUAUUAAACGGAAUGUGCGUCAAAUUGACGCGUCCCAGUAUUAACGGGAAAGUACGCAGUCUUAUGGAUCAUAAUUGAGAAAUAAAUUGCAAGGCAAGGGGUUAAAGAAGUUUCAUCGUAGACCUUCAUUUUUGUUUCGUCCGAUGAAAACACGUUUGUUUUCGAUUUUCACGUUCGAAAGGGAAAUUCGAAUUUGUACGAACAUCCGCAGUCUACGUGCGAGAAUCGUCGGAUUCGUUAUUUUCGGUGUUUGACGGAUAUUAUUUUUUAUUCGAAUAGCAAUUACAGACUGCGGGCGUUUACGCAAAUUUCCACUUUUAUAGGCAAAUUUAGGGGGAAAAUUGAGAUCGAAUAGAACGAUGCGUACAGUCAGCGGACGAAAGUAAUCGAACAGCAUGGUAAGAAACAAUUAAAAAAUUGUUGAAAUCAUGAAAAUAAUUCAUUAAAACAGUAAUGAUAUACCGUGUAUUGCUAUUUACUGAGACAAGUUGCAUUUGUGAUGUAUAUGCGUGCAACAAGUGUACGUAAAAUUGAACGAAAUAUUUGGCAAUACACGAACAAAUUAUAAAACAUUUAUUGUAUCUAAGCGUGCGCGACGAUCGAACACUUUUGUUGCCGACUGUACAUGUAUUUCGUCUUGUGAUAUUUAUAUUCCGUUGCAUUUCGAACGUUUUCGUGAGCCGGAUGAACCGCAGUCUGAUCAUUCAGUUGUGCAAUACAAGAGGGUUCAUUACGUUUCCAAUUAGAAAGAUAUCGAAAUUCAUUUCCACGACGGAUCUCGCUUCGUUAGCUCGAAGGUAAAUUCAGUCCUCUUCUAAGUCUAAUUGAAACGAAUCAAAAGAGAACAGUCUAAUUAAUGUCUCCGAGGUUUCUGUCUAGUUUGAUUAAUUCUUAACUGUCGUCUCGUGCUUAGUUGAUCGAUUAAUUAAUGACGCUUUGAUGACUGCCAACCGGGAAGCAGAAAUCCUUUGUGUACCCACGUGCAUGUGGCUCGUGGUGGAUGGUGAACGCGUGGCUGAGUGUGUAGGUGUGUGUAUACCGGGGUGUGCACGCGUUCGUGCAUAGAAAACUAGAGAUCGAAACCAAAUAUUUACAUAGAGUUGAGAAUUUUUCCGUUAAUCGGGUCGCGUUCACGAUUUUCAUCUCUGUUUAAAUGGUUUGAGUCUUGUUGCCAUUCUCGUCUUCGUUAUAUGCAACGUUAACUGGGCAUCGAAUAAUUAUUUAUUAAUAAUUAUUACUUGAAAUAAUUCUUUAAUAAUAAUUAUUAGUUGAAAUAAUGGUUCUGUAAUAGUUAUUCAUUAAGAAUUAUUAAUCAUGAAUAAAUUCUAAAACAAAAUUUAUCAAUCAUUAAUAAUUCUUAAUUACAAAUGAGAUAUAACUUUUUUCAACGAUUGUACGAAAUUGAUAUUUUCAAUUGUUUCGUCUUCUACUUCUACAUUAAAAAUGAACCAACAGUACCAAUCAUUCUCAUAUCAAACAGAAGAUAAAUUUGACAAUGCAUAUCACAGACUUUCACUAGUACAGUGCUUAACCAUUUGCCCUAUGAUACCAUGGAAAACUCUCAAUUUUACAAAUCUAAACGUUAUUUACUUCUUUGGAAUAUAAAUUAAAUAUUACUUUUCUGUUACCCGAUUGUUAACCGUUGGAGUAAACGUAAACACAUAAUAAGUGUCAAAUUCCUUUUUUCCUCUAAUCAAGUAUACGUUACUUUAUUAAAUUUUCCAAGCUUUAUUAAAUGAAUUUUCACAGUUGUGAAAGAAAUCAUAGGACAAAGUGUUAAUUACAUUUUACACCCUAGAAAUUUUCAUUCUAAUUAAUGAACGUUAUUCAAGAUUCCCGAUGAAUAUCGUAGACGACCGUGAACGCGAGCCCGAUUACACGUUCAACAAUCACGUUACAACGCGAGACAACUUCUCUCGGUGCCUUUCCGCCGGAUCUUCUUCCAUUACCAUUUAGAUAAAGUAAUCGCUGCAGGGAUUUAAACGUGACGUGAACAAAAUCGGCGUGGCAACGUCCCGAUGUUGUCCAUCGAACGGUUACAAUGACGAUAAUCAUGAUCAGUAUACACAGUGAUCAUUAUUGUCAUCGUGGUUAUAACGAGAUCGAAACUGUAUGGGGAAAACGCCUAGUCGUCGCGGGGAACGAUGUGUAUCGUCUACGGGGAACCAGCGAAAUGGAAAACACCGUUCGAACGUAACAAGAGGAAGUGACAAAGCGAAAACAAUAAAAGAAGCAAUAGAAGUCGCGUGUAAAAAGAAAUUAGAGACGAAGAGUAAACGAAAAAGAAAAGAAAAAGAAAAAGAAGAAGAAGAAGAAGGAACGUAAGAAAUAAACGAUUAGACGACGAGAACAAUAAUGAGCGAGAGACACAGACGAUUAUGAUUACGAUGACGGUCACGAUCGUGAAAGGAGCUCCAUCAAUCUUUCGUAAUUAUCGAGACAAAUCUUUCCUGAUGUACGAACAAUAAAACUUUCACCGUUUCCUACUAUCAUUUUCUUUCGUGACGCCUUCCUCUGGUAAAGCUUUACUUUCCCGGAAGUCAAUGGUCGUCCGUUUGCAAGCUGGUCCCUUUUCACCGUUCAUUCUUCUAGUCAAGCUACGGUCUUCGGAUCUCCAGCGAUGUCUCGUGAAAAGGUAACGACGCAGUGGGACGAUAAGCUCGGCGUAAUUGUAAUUAUUUAGAAAUCAGCAUUCAGCAUUCAGACAAUUUCUGAACUGUUUGUCGUGUAGUAACUCUAGAUUAAGGUUUCUAGAUUAAUUUAAUAAAAAUCAAUGUUCACUGUGUAUGAAUCGAAGCAAAUGAUUAGGUAUUUUGUUAUUAUCAAUUUAUUAUCUUCGAAGUGGAUACGCGUUGAAUGAUAAAUUUCUGUGUUCCUUCCAAAUUGUUGAUAGCAACAGUUACAUGAGCUUAGUAAUUAAGGGUUAUAGCAAUUUUCAUUAAUCAAAUUUGCAUUAUCUUAUAUUAGACUUCUACAAAUGGAAUUAACACGUCGACUGCCAUGAAAAACUCGACCAUUUCAUGUAUCACUUAUUCUUUCGUAACAGAGGUAAAAAGGAACAAUUAUAAAAAUUACUUGGCACUACAAUUCUUACGUUACACUAUUAUCUAAUUGUUUACUCUAUUGAACAUUUUUAUUCGACGCCAGUUAUCUUACAAAGUACAAUUGUUUUCAAAUAAUUUGGAAGCUCUGGUCAUCGCUGACCACCACGCCAGGCAACGUGUUAAUUAUAACUUUCAGUUUAAUUAGAAUUAAAUACCAUUCUAUAAAGAAAUCAUAAAAUAUUUUAUAUUUUUCGACAAUGGACACAUUAUUGUCGUACUUUUUUUGAUAGCCAGAUAUAAAUCUUCUUUCAUAGUUCUUCCGAGCUGAUUGUCUCGCUACGUCGUCAUCUUCAGGUGUACGCAGCAAUGAUUUCAGUGCCACGUGACCCUGAUGCGAACAGAAUUUGCUUUGCAGUGAAAUGUUAAUGUUUCUAAGAAAGUUUGUAAAACGUUUCGAACGAAAUGAAUUCGAUUAAGGUCUACAAAGAUUUUUUAUAGGGUUGGUCAGGCACCCAAAGUGUUAAAGACGUACAAAACUAGCUGAACAAUCAACAGUUUACUCUUCCUCCAAAAAAUCAUGCUCCCAUUUCUCCCAUUUCAAAUGUACUUAUGUUUAACACUAACCGUACCGUCACCUUUGUGUACCCCUAUUCCUACUGGCUAAGAAAUAGUAAUUAAAAUAAUACUUUUCGUUAGUAGAAAUAGAAACAAAAGGAAGGACAAAAAUUGAGAAACCAAUUACCCCCUUAACCUCGGAAUUUUCGCGCGAAUUAAUACUGCAACGUGAAGUUUUUCUCUGUGAUUUUUUGCAAUUUAACUUGCUGUAAUUUAGCUCUCUUUUCCCUCGAGUUUAUUGUUUUUUUACAACAUAAUUAAUUUCGAAUGACGCAAUUAACAGCCAACUAGGAGAAAGAUCACAGUUCAACGAUUGUCGCGAAGAUAUACCGAGGAAAAAAUUGAAAUCACCAUGUGUGAGUGAUUAGAGCGGAAAAGUGAAUUUUUGCGAACGCACCAUAUGGCGGCUAGCGUUAAGUGGUUAAUCGGGCAAUAUAGGAAUUGUUAUAAAAUUAAAUGAACGAAAGAAAACGUAGAAUUUUUAAUGAAAUUAAGAAUUUUACUUCAAACCUGCGGUACGGUUAGCGUUAAGGAGGACAGAAAAAAAUUGUCACUGACACACAUGUUCAUUCUUUGUCGCUGUGAACCGAGGCCCGUAGUCGCGACGUGAAGAAAUAUUUCAAUAAUCGAUGGGGCAUCUCGAGAAUGAUACACAUUUUAUCAGAAGUAUCGAUGUGAAAUCUGCUAUUUCUUCGAUGAAUUCGCGACGGAUACGUGACAAUGGUGUUUUCAUAGUUUAUAAUAAAAGCAGAAUUUUUAUAUCCUUCAUUAUACACUUUUCGUAAUUUUUAAUGUUCAAUGAUUGGAAGUGAAUACUGGAUAGAAUUUUGGAUAAACGAUUUCUAAAUAAUUCAUUGCAUAACAAUGUAGCUGUAGUGGUCGAUACAAAUGAUUAUAUUAUCAACCAGAAAUUAUAGAAACAUUUGGUAAUGUGAUUGAUAGAAUUUCGCACGUGCACUUUGUUCUGUUCUGUUUCUUUUAAAGAAAUAUCGAAUUCAAUGGAAAUUAGUGGAUCACACAUUGACACUGCGGUGUAUGGUUGUCGAAGUACCAGCAGAUAUAACUAUAACGAUUGGACUGCGGAUGUUUACGCAAAUUCUCAGUUCUAUAAAGUUUUGUAGGGAACAGAAUAAUAAUCAUACAAAGAAUACCGAUGAAUUAAUAGUUUUUUACACAUUAAACUGUAUGUUUUCUAACAGCUGCGUUGUUAAUGAUGUGACAAUUAACUACUAUUCUAUUUUACCAUAUCGACAGUUUGUUUAAAACAAUGCUCACUGUGACACAUAGUGGUGCAAUAGAAUAGAAAAGUAUAUAACAAGGUUCGUAUUUUUAUUUUUAAUUUGGCAUUUAAUGAAUUAAAAAUAUCCACAGUUCAGGACUUUUUAACAAAGCGGGACUAAAUAACGCAAAAAAUACUAAAUAAAAUAAAUAGCAAUACGUUGCUAAAGGAAAAGUGGAAAAUCUCCCCAUUUGGUUGACUAACAAUAAGUAUUAACACAUUCGCGAUCAACGAAUUUUUCGCUUAUUUAAUACUCAUUGCCAGUAAAACAAAAAUUCAUAAACUAAUCACUGCAAAUUUCUGACGUUGAAACAGCGACAAAAAUUCGAAAAUUUCUUUUGAAAUAUUAGUCUUGUAACAAUCGGUUGUUUGAAUGAUUUUACUUUUGAAAGGUCGUGAAUCUUUUAAUAUUAAAAUAUGCAUUACAAGUAACAUCGUACAAGAUUAAAACUCGCUUUGUUGUGAUUUGCAGUUUCAUCGGUUAAUUUGUACUAGGUAGAACAGAAUUUUGAGUAAAAAUUGGAAAGUUUCAGGCGCAGAUCAAAAACUUUUCGUUGAAGAAAUCGCAAAUAGAACAUAACAGAAAAAUAAACUAUUUGAAAGUUAUUAUAUUUAACGAGUUAAAUUUCGUCAAACUUCCCGCACUCUCGUUUCGUAUCUACAUACUUGUACUUACUCGAACGCUAUAAUUGCGCAACCAUCCGCAGCCUAAUAAAUAUGAAAGUAUUGUUUCCACUCUCAUCCCACAAAUGAACUCACUUAUUGUCGCGGAGCGUUCCUCAAGAACAUUGUACUUGACUUACACUGUUUAUAACAAAACUCCCUACGAUCUCCGAACCGAACAAUUGUUUCUCGACGAACGAAUAGUAGAACACUCGUUUCCUUCGCCGUAUCUCUAUUUUUUCAGAUACCGAAAUAAAAAAAAAAUGUACGUGUUGAGCAUAAAAUGUUGAAACAAUAUCCUCCGUUGAUUUUCAUUUAACGCUUCUACCAGAGAAACGAACGAUCGCCCUUGUAUAAGUUGCAACCGUU